GCGGCGCCCGCGGACUCGGACCGCCCCGCCCCGCCGCACGGCAGCAGCGGGCGUGCGCUGGGCAGCGCGUGUCGCCGCGUACCCCCGCGAGGGUGAAAAGUCGCUUUGUGGAUUGUUUUGGCUUAUGCAUUUUCUGAGCAGCUGCACAUGAAGUCAGUUAUUUAAAUGAAUGUAUUUCAAGUGCCCAUUAAGUGUCCUUUAAAAAAAAAAAAAAAAAAAAAGAAGUGCUGUAUUUUAGGAAAUGUGCUGUGAUUUAAAAAGGAGAUUUUUGCUCCUCUAUGCAACACAAAAGGGGCAGGCAAAAGCCAUAGCUGAGGAAAUAUGGCAGCAAGCAGGUGUCCAUGGAUUUGAAGCCGAUAUACACUGUAUAAGUGAAAUGGACAAGUAUAACCUGGAAACAGAAAAGGAUCCUGUAGUUAUUGUUAUUUCUACUACUGGUACUGGAGACCCACCAGACACUGCCCGCAAGUUUGUAAAGAGAAUUCAAGACAAGACCUUGCCACCUGAUCAUUUCGCACAUCUCCAGUAUGGAUUGCUAGGUCUGGGAGAUUCAGAGUACACAUUCUUUUGUAAUGGUGGGAAGACAGUAGACAGACUGCUUCAAGAACUUGGUGCCCAGCACUUCUAUGACACAGGAUUAGCAGAUGAUUGUGUGGGCUUGGAAUUAGUGGUUGAUCCUUGGAUUGAUGGACUUUGGCUUGCCCUCAGAGAAGUAUUUCUAUUGCAAAAAGAAAAAGAAGACAUGAGCAGCAAUGUCGAUGCUGUUUCUAGCUCUCUCUCUGCAGCCCCAUAUAAUGUGCAUGAACUAAACUUAAGCUCAACAGUACAGAACUUGAAGCUGGAAGAUGAAGGAGCAAGGAGUUGUGAUGUUCUGUCACAGAAAUUAGUUGACAUCAAUCUUGUGCCUUCAGCUAGAGACACCGAACCUUCCCUUGUUCAUUCUGUCCCUCCUGUCUCUCAGUCUGUUCUUAAUAUUCCUGCCUUGCCGUCAGAAUAUUUAGAGGUGCAGUUUCACGACACUCAUGGUGAGAAUCCACAUCUGUCCUCACUGAUUUCAGAGGGAGCAACCUUUGAAGUGCCAAUUACAAAUGCAGUUCAGCUCACUAGAGAAGAUGCGAUAAAAACUGCAUUGCUGUUAGAACUUGAUAUUGCAGGUACAGUGUUUGACUACCAUCCUGGAGAUGCCUUCUGUAUAAUAUGUCCUAACAAUACCAAUGAGGUGGAAGAACUUCUACAAAUCUUGGGGCUUUCUGAAAAAGGAGAGUACUUCGUUUGUGUAAAAGUUAAGCAGGACACUAAAAAGAAAGGAGCUGUUCAUCCACAGCACAUCCCUGAAAGAAGCACUUUGAGAUUCAUUCUAACCUGGUGUCUGGAAAUAAGAGCAAUUCCCAAAAAGGCAUUUUUGCGAGCUCUUGUAGAAUGUACCAGUGAUGUGGGAGAAAAAAGGAGACUUCAAGAGCUUUGCAGCAAACAAGGAGCCUCUGAGUAUACACGAUUUAUUAGAGAUUGUAAUGUUUGCUUGCUGGAUUUACUUCAUGCUUUUCCAAGCUGCAAGCCUUCACUUAACCUGUUAAUUGAACAUCUACCCAAAUUGCAAGCCAGAUAUUAUUCAGUGUCAAGUUCAAACUUAUAUCAGCCAGGAAAACUGUGUUUCGUAUUUAAUAUUGUGGAGUUUCCAGCCUGUCCCGCUAGACCAGUCUCACGGAAAGGAGUAUGUACAGGCUGGCUUGCUGACUUAGUUGCACCUCUACUGCAUCCCAAAAGAAGCACUCCGGAUACAAAAGGUGGAAGACCUGCAACUGGAAAGGUAUCUAUUUUUGCUCGUCCAAACAAUACUUUCCACUUACCUGCAGACCCAUCUGUCCCAUUUAUCAUGGUUGGUCCAGGAACAGGAAUUUCACCAUUUAUUGGUUUUCUACAACAUAGGCAGAAGCUCAGAGAAGAACAUACAGACAGGGAAUUUGGAGAGACAUGGCUGUUUUUUGGUUGUCGGCAUCAAGAUCGAGACUAUUUGUUCAAAGAUGAGCUCAGAUGUUUUCUUGAAAAUGGCACAUUAACUCAUCUUAAGGUUUGCUUCUCAAGAGACUCUUCAACUACAGAAGUAGCCCCACCUAAAUAUGUGCAAGAUGUCAUUAGGCUUUACGCUAAGGAUGUUGCCAGAGUCCUGCUGAAAGAGAGAGGUUACUUCUAUGUAUGUGGAGACAAGAAGCGCAUGGCUGAUGGUGUAAGUGAUGCUGUAGUGGACAUUUUACGCAUGGAAAUGGAAGUUGACAGAUUGGAAGCAAUGAAAGUCUUGGCCACGCUUCGAGAAGCGAAACGAUAUUUGCAGGAUGUUUGGAGUUAAAUAUUUAGCUUUUCCUAUGCCUUUGUAACACAGAAGAUUUUGUUUCACACUUACGCUUAAAAAAAGUGCUGUCUAUAGUCACCUUUCUGUAUUGACCUUUCAGACAGGAAUAGAAGCCUUUUAAACAACAGCAAAUCAGGCCAGCUAUUGAAGCAUAUGUUUCUUUUUAACUACAUUACAUAGUGGACUGUCUCAGUGCCUUGAUUCUCUGAUUUUAAGAUUGAUUUCACAUAGAAAGAAAAAAACUUCUGCACUUGUUCAAGUGUAAUUGUUUAUUUACAUUAUGUCAUAUAUUUUUUCCUAUAACGUAUACAUAAGCUACAGAGUAAAUCUGACUUCACACACCAAUCUUUGUGCCAUCAAAUAUAUUACUGACUUGCUAAGAUUUAUUUGAAUGUAUGUUGGUUUUCUGUGACAGGGUUUUGGUAAUGGAGGGCCUGAAGGGUUGCCUUCUGUGAGAAGCUGCUAGAAGCUUACGCUGUCUGAUAAAGCCAGUGCCAGCCAGCUAGCUUCAAAAAAUGUCUGUGUGCCAAAGAUGAAAAAAUGCACUGUUUGCAAUUACUGUAAUCCAUCUCUCUCUGUGGAGCUUUUUUUUUUUCUUCACAGAGAUUACUUGACAGUUAUUUAUAGAACUGCCCUGCUAAAGAAUUUCUGUGCAAAAUUGUAGUUGACCCCUUGGAAGGUAUUUAAAUAAUCAUUACACAAGUUCUAUCAGAACCUUAAUUCCACACACUUCACUAGAAUGUUUCUUCUUUAAAAAAUUUUUUCUAAGUGAUCACCAUAUUUUUGCUAUAUUUUUUUAUCUUUAGUUACCUACCAAUUAACAAUCACCAGACAACCACAAGACUUGGAAUAAGUCGUGUGGUUUUGAUUAUGCAUAAGGCAGAACAAAAUAAGAAUUCGCCCCAGGGAAUAAACAGUAAUUUGCCUAAAAUAUUCUCUCAUACAAGGAAACAAGAAGGCAACGUGGAAGUUUAGAAGUUAGAAGAAGAAUGAGAGGAGGGUUAGGAAGAGAUGCAUGAACAACGUUUUCGGUCUUUCACCUAUUUGCACUUCAAAUGCCCUUGUUAGAAAGAAGACCAGAUACUUCAACAAUUUUAUUUCAACAACUUGAUUUUUGCAGUGGAUUGUCAUAUGUAAUGAUAACUGCUUUCUAAACACAAUACUAAACUCAUCUUUUUAAGUGGAAGAUAUAGUAAUCUGAGAAUGUUAUUUGCUAAGCAGUUCAACCCAAUUGGUGGUAUUCCCCCUGCAUUAAACCACAAAGCAUUUUAGAGACAAGAAUGAAAAUUAUUUCAAAAGAAUUCUGCAGGAAAAUCUGAUAAGGAGUAGCAUGGAGUGUAGUAAAGCUUUCAGAUGUUGGAAUGACAGGGUGAGAUAGGCAUUGAAAGAAAACUUUAGAGUUGAGGUUUUGCAGUAACCUAUUUGUUCAACAUUCUGACCAUUCUUUACUUUUGGCAGUUAUUUGUGCAAGCAGAAAAAAAUACAGUGUGAGGAAGUAUCUAGGAAGUGCUCUGCAAUGAGUUGCUGACACUAAUCUGGGUGGAAGUGUGGAUCUGCUGGAGGGUAGGGAGGCUCUGCAAAGGGAUCUGAACAGGCUGGACCCCGCUGGGCUGAGACCAAUGGGAUGAGGUUUAACAAGACCAAAGGCCGGGUCCUGCAUUUGGGGCACAACAACCCUAUGCAGUGCUACAGACUGGGGGAAGAGUGGCUAGAAAGCUGCCUAGAGAAGGACCUGUGAGUGUUGGUUGACAGCCGACUGAACACGAGCCAGCAGUGUGCCCAGGUGGCCAAGAAGGCCAAUGGCAUCUUGGCUUGGAUCAGGAACGGCGUGACCAACAGGGCCAGGGAGGUUAUUCUCCCUCUGUACUCGGCACUGGUGAGACUGCAUCUCGAAUACUGUGUUCAGUUCUGGGCCCUUCACCACAAGAAGGAUGUUGAGGCUCUGGAACGUGUCCAGAGAAGAGCAACGAAGCUGGUGAAGGGGCUGGAGAACAAG